UCCCAGUCUCCAAAUCUUGAAAUUUCUCUGCUCCUCCGUGCCCCAUUCUCUCUCUCUCUUCGGACCUAGUAGUGAUUUAUUUACUUUUACUCAAUUUCUCUCUCUCUUCUUUAAAAAAAAACCAACUUCUUUCUCUCUCUAGGGUUUCGAAGGGAAAAUUUCAGAGAAGCAGGGGGGCACCCCACCCUAAUUGUAGGGUUCUUGCGACUUACAUAACAAGUUUAUUGUGUUUAUCGGAUUCACGAGGGGCUUCAAUUUGUUUUUUUUUUUUUUAUAAUUCCUGGGGAAAAAGAACCGGAAGAGAGAAUCAGUUUGUUUUAGCGGAGUAGUGGAUCACCGUUUUUUGGCUGCAAUUUCGUCGUCGAUUUCAUGUUUCUGGGUUUUUCGAAUUGUUUCGUUUAGUUGGCUCACCAGCUAGACAUAGUUUACAGCGACAAAAUAAGAAAAAGGAAGAAGCACGAGGCAAAAUAGAAAACAGAAAGGGAGAGAAAGAGAACUGUUACAAGUUCAUGGUGUUCUAUAGAUGCUGAAUGAUUGCUAGUAUGGACUUAAAUGCUUCGCCAUUACCUGAAGAUGAUGAAGAGACAUAUGAAAGACAUAUAGAACAUUACUCUGCACCAGAAGACCAUGUAGAGUCUGCAGUUGAAAUUUCGCGGCGGGAACGUGAAGAAAGACGGAAGAGAUUGAGAAGAGACCGACCAGAUGACCGGCCUGUGCAUGUCUCUCAGCCUCCUGUACAUGAUCACUUUUAUCAAAAUAGGAAUCCCAGGGCUUAUGAUAGAAGUAGGAUCCCUCCUGGUUGGCUGGAUUGUCCUUCGGUUGGUCAGGAAAUAGGCUGCAUCAUUCCUUCUAAGGUUCCACUUGGUGAAUCUUACAAUGACUGUGUACCUCCUGGUAAAAGAUACUCUUUUAAACAAGUGAUUCAUCAGCAAAGAGUUUUAGGAAGAAAGCUUGGUUUGGUGAUUGAUUUGACAAACACAUUUCGUUACUAUCAAACUACAGACCUUAAGAGAGAAGGCAUUAAGCAUGUAAAGAUUCAAUGCAGGGGAAGGGAUGCUGUACCAGAUAAUGGGUCUGUAAAUACCUUUGUCUACGAGGUGUCACAAUUCCUCCUACGUCAGAAAUCAAAGAAACAUAUUCUUGUCCAUUGUACGCAUGGGCAUAACCGCACUGGAUACAUGAUUAUACACUAUCUCAUGCGUUCACAAUCAAUGUCUGUUACUCAGGCAAUAAAAAUUUUUUCGGAUGCACGUCCUCCGGGUAUCUACAAACCGGACUAUAUUGAUGCCUUGUAUGCAUUUUAUCAUGAAAGAAGGCCUGAAAUGGUUGUCUGCCCACCAACUCCUGAGUGGAAGAGGUCUUCUGAUCUUGAUCUCAAUGGUGAAGCAGUUGCAGAUGAUGAUGAUGAUGGAGGUCCAACUGCAUUACAUGAGAAUCAUGAGACGGAUGUCAUGUUGACAAAUGAUGACAUUUUGGGAGAUGAAAUACCUCAUGAUCAGCAGGAAUCACUGCGGUUAUUUUGCUACCAAAUGUUGAAGUUAAAUCCUGGGGUUAGAGGACAUUCGCAAUUUCCAGGGUCACAUCCAGUUUCGCUCAACAGGGACAAUUUGCAACUUCUAAGGCAACGUUAUUAUUAUGCCACUUGGAAAGCGGAUGGAACACGAUAUAUGAUGUUAAUAACUGUUGAUGGAUGUUAUUUAAUUGAUAGGAGUUUUAAUUUCCGAAGGGUUCAGAUGAGGUUUCCGAGUAAACACCCACCUGAAGGUAUAGGGGACAGAACUCAUCAUUUCACAUUGCUUGAUGGGGAGAUGGUAAUUGAUACCAUGCCAGACUCUCAGAAGCAAGAGAGAAGAUAUCUCAUCUAUGAUAUGAUGGCACUUAACCACGUGCCUAUCAUUGAGCGGCCUUUCUGUGAACGAUGGAAAAUGCUUGAAAAAGAAGUGAUUGAGCCUCGAAAUUAUGAACGCCAGAACAUUUACCAGAGCAGGAAUCCUUAUUACCGAUAUGACCUUGAACCCUUCAGGGUGCGGAGGAAGGAUUUUUGGUUGCUCUCUACUGUAAAUAAGGUUUUGAAGGAAUUUAUCCCCAGGCUCUCUCAUGAGGCAGAUGGUCUUAUUUUUCAGGGCUGGGACGAUCCUUACGUACCUCGCACUCAUGAAGGUCUUCUGAAGUGGAAAUAUGCUCAGUUGAACUCUGUUGACUUUUUAUUUGAGGUUGGUAGUGAUGAUCGGGAACUACUUUUUCUCUACGAACGGGGGAGAAAGAAGUUGAUGGAAGGGAAUACAGUUGAAUUCAGAGGUGUUUCAGAUCCUCCUCCUUCAUUCUCUGGGAAGAUUAUCGAGUGUUCUUGGGAUCCUGAUCAACAUGUGUGGAUCUAUAUGCGAAUCAGAACGGAUAAGUUGACUCCUAACGAAUUCAAUACUUUCAAGAAGGUUAUGCGAAGUAUAAAGGAUAAUAUCACAGAGGAAAUCUUAUUAAACGAGAUUAAUGAGAUUAUUCGCUUGCCCAUGUAUGCUGAUAGAAUAAAGAUUGACAGCAAGGCCCACCUGCAUACGAAUUCAGCACGACGCAAGUGAUGGAUAGCAUGCCUGGUUUGUUGUCCAGUUGAUUGAGGUAUUGGAUGCUUGAGUGUGCCUUUCAUUACCUGUGUGUUAAAAGUGAUUUCAGGUGUCUUUUGGUAGGAGGUUAGGUGCAUACUUGGGCUGUUAAGCACACAUCAUGUAAAGGGUCACUGUGAUAUCAUGUAAUUAGCUAUCCCCUUCCUAGUCAGUCUUGUAGUACUGCAUGUGCUACGCUGGUGAGUUGUAUGAUCCAGGUGGUACACUUGAAUAGUUCCGCGACAUUCAGGUCUGAGACUAUUUUUCUUAUAGUUGUUCAGAUCAAGAGGAUUAGCACUAGGGUAACCAUGUAUAUUAGUGUUAAAUUUUUCUUCUUAUAAUUCUCCCUGAUGUUAUUGAUCUCUAAGUUCUUCUAAAAAAGUAGCCAUUUUCCAGAACAAAAAUGCAGAGUGUGUUCCAUUUUGAGGGUUUUUGCAUUUUGGCUCUCUCUGAAUAUUUGAUUGGAAAAUGGAGACUUUGGUAUUUACUCUUGCUCA